UUGAAUCGUUUUUUCCCUUUAUUUUCCUAAAUUUAAGCAGAAUGGAAAUGUUGCAUAAUGCUACAAUGGCGAACAAAUAGUAAAUGUACUUUUUUUUUGGGGGGGGGGUGAACACUUGGCCCCACUGUUCUACUGCAUUAUGAAGUUGGUCAUUCCAGCUAAAUAAUUUUGGGAUGGUACACGGUAUAAAAAGUUUGCAACCACAUGUGUAGUUAUUAAAACCAAUCAAAAUGUGCAUAGCUGUAUUAUUUUUUUUUAACCUACGUAAAAUGACAGUUAAAAACACAUUACCAACAAAAAAAAGAAGUACCAAUGUAAGCUUUUAGUUAUGAGGUUGCGGUAGAAGAAAACAAAAAAAAGUCAUUAACAUACGAAUUUUUUUUUUUUUUUUUUUAGUGUACGACACUGAAGUUGAGCUCGUGAUGGACCACUCGUGUUGCGUGUGCGUCUCUCUCUCUCUCUCUCUCUCUCUCUCUCUCUCUCUCUCUCCCGGUCGGCAGUCGCUGAUUGGCUGCACCGGGGCAGAGCUGCCUUCACUCUCGCCUCAGGAGCUCGCUGGACCUCCUCCACUCUCGCUCCGGCGUGCCAUUCAUAAAAGUGCACGGACGGCAACGAGCAGGACCAUGAGCGAGUUAAAUCAGCACCACCGCCACCGAAGUGGGAUUUUGUAGAGCUGAUAGGUGGGAGCAGGAACUUAUUUUGGGGGGGAGUUGCUUAUCGUCUCCCCCCACCAGCACCACCGGUAAGCGUUGGAUCCGUCGGCCUACUGCGACUCCCCGGCGUACGGUCCGGACCUGUGCCCCAACAUGAUCGCCACGCAGGCCAAGCUGGUGUACCAGCUCAACAAGUACCACGGCGAGCGGUGCCAGGCGCGCAAGGCCGCCAUCGCCAAGACCAUCCGCGAAGUGUGCAAGGUGGUGUCCGACGUGCUGAAGGAAGUGGAGGUGCAGGAGCCCCGCUUCAUCAGCUCCCUGAGCGAGAUCGACGCGCGCUACGAAGGCAUGGAGGUCACCUCCCCCAACGAGUUCGAGGUGGUGCUCUACCUCAACCAGAUGGGCGUCUUCAACUUCGUGGAUGACGGCUCGCUGCCCGGCUGCGCCGUGCUCAAGUUGAGCGACGGCCGCAAGCGCAGCAUGUCCCUAUGGGUGGAGUUCAUCACCGCGUCCGGGUACCUGUCGGCGCGGAAGAUCCGCUCCCGCUUCCAGACGCUGGUGGCCCAGGCGGUGGACAAGUGCAGCUACCGCGACGUAGUAAAAAUGGUGGCGGACACCAGCGAGGUACGCCUGCGCAUCCGCGAGCGCUACGUGGUGCAAAUUACGCCGGCUUUCAAGUGCACCGGCAUCUGGCCCCGGAGCGCGGCGCAGUGGCCGGCGGCGCACAUCCCCUGGCCGGGGCCCAACCGCGUGGCCGAGGUGAAGGCCGAGGGCUUCAACCUGCUCUCCAAGGAGUGCUACUCGCUCACCGGCAAGCAGAGCUCGGCCGAGAGCGACGCGUGGGUGCUGCAGUUCAGCGAGGCCGAGAACAGGCUGCUCAUGGCCGGCUGCCGCAAAAAGUGCUUGUCGGUUCUCAAGACGCUGCGGGACCGCCACCUGGAGCUGCCAGGCCAGCCGCUCAACAGCUACCACAUGAAGACGCUGCUGCUGUACGAGUGCGAGAAGCAUCCCAGGGAGGCCGACUGGGACGAGGCGUGCCUGGGGGACCGCCUCAACGGCAUCCUGCUGCAGCUCAUCUCCUGCCUGCAGUGCCGCAGAUGCCCGCACUACUUCCUGCCCAACCUGGACCUCUUUCAGGGCAAGCCGCACUCGGCUCUGGAGGCGGCCGCCAAGCAGACGUGGAGGCUGGCGAGGGAGAUCCUCACCAACGCCAAGAGCUUGGACAAGUUAUAAAAAAAAAAAAAAAAAAAGAAAAAGAAAAGAAAAGAAAAAAAAAAAACUCCCGGCUCUUGUUUUCCUUUUGUUUUGUGAUAUCAAUAUGACAACACCAAAUGAAAGAAAAACACCGUUUUGUGGUUUUGGAGCGAAAAAUGGGGCGACAGAAGAAGGAAAAGGUAGAUAUGUUCUCCUUUUUAAAUGUUCUCACCAAGUGAAGAAGAAGAACUUUUAUUUAAAAAUGCAAUGAAAGCAACGUGCCAAGGUGAUUUUCUUUUCAUGGAGAGGAAAAAAAACUAAUGUUAAUAAAAAUGGUGCAAGUUUAAAAUGUAGGCCUCGUGGCGUGAUUUAAAUUGUUUUCAUUUAUUUGGGGAAAGACAAGAAAAACUCAACUAAACAUUUUCAUAGGAUUUUAACUUCCGUUGCACAAAAAUGGAAGACAAUAUGCAUAUAUCAGCCAAGUGGUUAUUUUACCCUCACAACAUUGAAAUUCAGCAUUUCUAAUGUUUAUUUGACACUUGGGAGUAUGAAUCCAUUUUAACCUCACAACGUAUUUGAAUGCAGCGGACUGCACAGCGAACGAAAAGGGGCAACCUGUGGCGCCACAAAAAUCAAAUUAAAUGUGUAUUUUCAUAAUCACUUCAUGGUUUUUUUUUUUUGUAAUUGAAGUGUUUUUUCGCUCAAUUUGCUUCAGUGUUAAGAUUUUUUCCCCCUCUAAUUUACCGCGGGCAAAAAUAACAUUUAGGAAUUGAUCGUAACAUAAAUGUAUUAUAAUGCAAUAUUUGUGCCUCAAACUUGCAAAGCAAGGCCCAUGAAAGCGUAGCACCAUAAUGUCAUACCGUGGC